AAAUCAUGUAGUCAGUUGUGUUAAGUAAUUCAUUUAAGUCAUGCAAGACUCAGUCUGACCACGUCUGUUUCUCGCGCGCACGGGAAACCCACCUUGUGGGGUUUUCUACCCUAGCCAGAUAAUGGACUACUUGACAGUAUUGCUGAUUGGAUAUUUACUGGUGGUGCCACCGAAUGCUAUAAAUGCUGUCUUGAAUCCAAUGAAUGCAAUGAAUCCAAUGAAUGCAAUGAAUCCAAUGAGUAUUAUGAAUCUGAUGAAUCCAAUGAAUCAGAUGAAUAAAAUGAAUUCAAUCAAUCCGAUGAUGUUUCUGGGCAUGGGCAAGAACGAGAAUGGUUGCAACGCACCCGUCAAUCACGAACCUGCUGUCUGCAAAGACCCUUUGAUUGGGCCAGACAUUCCCGUGUCGCCCACCGACGACUUCAUGUUGUCGGACAAGACCGAGUGUGUUGCCAACGAGGGCUGUUUUGUCUGUUCGGCUGGAGUCUGGCUUGCGUCGAAAUGUCAGCAUGGUGGGCGUCAGAAAAGUCGGUUUCCGUGGAUGGCCGACAUGAUGAUGAUCGCGUGUUGGCUGUUCUGUGACAAACUUAACGUGUACGUACCACCGAGAUUCACCUACUGCCCCCGCUCCACACCUACCAUCUACACACCAAAAGGACUGAGAUAUCUCAAGGUCACGUGGUCAACGCCGACAUAUAUCAGAGGAAGUGCUGGAAAUCCAAUCCUGAAUCUUGUAUCAAGAAUAGGAAACCGUGGAAGUGUGUUCAAACCUGGCUAUCACACAAUCGUCUAUGAGCUUAUUGACAGCAAGGGAUAUAAGGCGAUAUGCUCUUUCUCGUUCCCAAUCAAAGUACGAACAUGUCCGUGGCCUCAGCAACCUAAGAAUGGUCGGAUCAGGUGUGGGGGAUAUGACGUCAUCUACGGCGACACGUGCCGUCUGUCGUGUGACACGGGAUACCAACCUUCAGGUCACACUGUCGCCUCCUGUGAGAGCAACGGGAACUAUAAUGUCACCCUGUCUACAUGUGAACCAAACCAGUGUGCAAAUCUGUCAGUACCAGCUUAUGCAACAGGGUACCAAUGCUCUGAUGGGAACAAGUAUGGCAGCCUAUGCGCGCUGAAGUGUGAUGCUGCUGUUGGAUUUGCUAGUUCUGCAAGACUAACAGUUUGCACACUGAGCCAAAACUGGAGUCAGCCGCUUCCAGAUUGCUCAGAUAAUCAAAAUCCCACAUUUACAAACUGUCCGUCACAAGCCGUCAAAGCCUAUGCAGACAUUGGUAAAACGACGGCUGUUGUUACAUGGAAGCCACCAACAGCGACUGAUAACUCUGGGAAUGUGACAGUGGAGCAGGUUGGAGGACUCAAACCUGGCGAGACGUUCAUUGAGGGGGUUAGCUUGAUAAAGUACACAGCCACAGACCCCUCAGGGCACGCAGCGUACUGUACAUUCGCAGUGAAUGUCACUAUACGAACAUGUCCAUGGCCCAAACAACCUAGCAAUGGCCGGAUCGACUGUGGUGGAUAUGACAUCAUAUAUGGUAAUGUGUGUCGCCUUUCCUGUGAUACGGGGUACCAGCCUACAGGUCACACAGUGGCUUCUUGUGACGAUAACAACACGUUUAACGUCACCCUGUCGACAUGUGAACCCAAAAGGUGUCCAUUACUAUCGCUGCCCACUUACGCAAUUCAAUACCACUGCAACGACGGAAACAACUACAAGAGUGUUUGCGAACUGAAAUGUGACUCCAGUGCAGGAUUCAGCAGUUCUCCAAGACAAACUGUCUGCAUGGCUAACCUAACCUGGGAAUUACCACUUCCCAAGUGUUUAGAUACUCUAAACCCGACAUUCACAAACUGUCCAUCACAAGCUAUCCAAGCCUAUGCAGAAAGAGAUAAAACGACGGCCAUUGUUACAUGGAAACCUCCAGUAGCAUCUGAUAACUCUGGACAAGUUAGAGUGGAGCAGAUUGGGGGACCUCAACCUGGUUUAACCUUUAGUGAAGGAAGCAUAAUAAUAAAAUACAAAGCCACAGAUCCAUCGGGGCACACAGCGCACUGUACCUUUGCAGUGAAUGUUGUCACUCUAUCUUGUGAUGUACCAAACUUCGCUGACAAAAACCUGAUCUUCGACUGCACUAAUGGAUACAGAUAUGGAUCACAUUGCACUAUUUCCUGCAAGUCGGGGCUGCCACUAAACGGAACUAACACCAUUGUCUGUGAAAAGGGGAACUCCAUCACUCCAGUCACAUACUGGGACCUGGGGGGCGGAAAUCCGCCGUAUUGCAGAAAGCAACCAUGUACUGCCCUGACUGCCCCGAAGCACGGCUCGCUGACGUGUGAUGGAAACAUGGACGGGACGUACUGCAUUAUGCAGUGUGAUGACCAGUGGGAGAUACCGCGUUCAGCCCACGCUGUCAGCAUGUACACGUGUGGCUGGACUAAGGGCAAAUGGCUGCCAACAUCUGACGUCCCAGAUUGUAUUGAAAAAUAUGUAGCUGACAGGCUGAGGUUAAAAUCUGAACUGUAUUACUAUUCUGGUAACUGUAGUGAUGCAAGUACUUUGGAGGAAAUCAAGCAGAAGUUUGUAUCGGUUUUAAAUGACACUGGGUUGUGGACUGAUGGCUGUCCGUGCACUGUGGAAGACGUUAUCGUGGUUUGUGGAGGCGCCCGAAAGAGGAGGAGAAGGAGUAUAAAUAAAUUCACAGAUAGAACGACGGCACCUGCGGCUGUAAUAACGUGGUACUGGGUUGUGCCUAUUCUAAAUGGCUCCGUCACUUCUGCAGACGAGUUCCUUAUUGGACGUGCUGAGCGAAUGCACAACCUGGUUCAAAAUAAUCAAUUGGACAUUGGUGUGGCUGGCUUUGAGAUCAAACCUGGUUCCUUUGGAUAUGAUGAAUCUGAAAUUGUUUGUCCUCCUGGAUAUUUGGGAAACUACAGAAAAGGAACAUGUGGAUCGUCAAGACGCCGCCGUAGUCAUGGUCACAAGAAAGGACGAGCCCCAUGUCCCACUGGUAUGAUGUACAGCAAGACAGCCGAUGACUGUGUCAUGUGUCCUCUUGGAACCUACCAAGAUGAGGAGGGUCAGUUCAAGUGUAAGCUGUGUCCUCAUGGCUCGCGGACAACCAUUGAAGGGUCAAAGGCGAAGGAUGAAUGUGUGGCGCUAUGUCGAGCGGGCUAUUUCUCUAGCAGUGGCGUCGUGCCUUGCGCUGCGUGUCCAGUUGGAAAAUAUCAACCAGACGCUGGGUCGACCACUUGUGUAUCCUGUGAACAUGGCACCACGACGAAUACCACUACCAGCACCAAUGCUAUGGCCUGCCAAUCGUUUGAUGUGAUCGUGGAAGGACCAGUAACUGUCUGGUCAAAAGAGGGACUGGACACAGACACAGAUGACUUGACCAUUUCAAUGUGGCUGGCAAUACGAUCUGCUGAAGGAAGCAUAGCUAUCAAACAACCUGAUGGAACAGUUCCGUUGAAAUGGACUUUCGGACAAACAUUUUCACUCAGUCUGUUAGGAAAUACCUUAACUGGUUUGAGCAUGUUGCCAUCAGGUUGGAUGCAUCUAUCCAUCGUGGUGUAUAACCAUGGCAACAAGACGGUGAUCAUUUACAAGAAUGGAGUUGCAGAAACAUCAAAGACUAUAAGAUCAGUUCCGAUACCCUUUUUCAGAUCUGGAUCCAAACUUCAAGUGGAUAUACGCACACAAAGCGAUAUCACACUCGGAUCUGUGUUUGUUAUUCCAUCUGCGUUGUCUGCACAUGACGUUCAGAAGUUGGCCCGGUCUUGCGAAAGCAAACCACAUCAUUUCGCCAUAUCAAGCAACGACCUGAUCGCAGAGUCUUCGGUACAAACAGUCCGUGUCACCAUACCGACCACCUGUGAUGCUAUAGAUGAAUGCCUGCUGAAGACACCUUGUAACGGACACACCUGUAUAAACACGUUAGGUAGUUACAGGUGCGAAUGUCAGGAUGGAUAUUCGGGAUCAGACUGCUCGAUUCAUCCAAAUUUCUGUGCAACAAAUAAAUGUCACAACGGCCAGUGUAACAAUGGACAAAACAACUACUCGUGCAGCUGUCACGGUGGAUUUAAGGGACCUUUGUGUGAUGACCCCAUAGUAAAUGGUGGAUGGUCUGAUUGGUCUUACUGGGGCCUGUGUUCUGAGACUUGUGGAGACGGAAUUCAGAUACGACGAAGACGAUGUGACAAGCCAACGCCAACUCGACCUGAAGGAAAGAACUGUGUUGGUACUGCCAUGCAGACACGUUACUGUAACGUAUUUACAUGUCCAGUUCCGUGUCCCAUUGGUACGAUGUACAACAGGACUGCUGAGGAAUGUACCAAGUGUUCUUUUGGAACCUACCAAGACGAGGUCGGCCACAUCCAGUGUAAACCGUGUCCUGAAGGCAUGGGAACAAUGAUUAAGGGGGCCAAGACAAAGGACAAAUGCGUUGAGCUGUGUCGACCAGGCUAUUUCUCUAGUAGUGGUUUCUUGCCUUGCGUUGCGUGUCCAGUUGGAAAAUAUCAGCCAGACGCUGGGUCAAAAACGUGUUUAUCCUGUGAAGUCGGCACCACCACAAACAGUGCAGCCAGUUUCACUGCAAGUGCCUGCCACAUUAAACACACACCGGUAAAUGGUCAAUGGUCAGACUGGUCUGACUGGGAUCCAUGUUCCAUGACUUGUGGAGGUGGAAUUCAGUCGAGGAGAAGACGAUGUGACAACCCAGCACCAACUCAACCUGAGGGAAAGAACUGCAGUGGUUCCGCUUCACAGUCAAGUUCCUGUAACACGCAUGCAUGUCCAGCCUGUCGAGCGGCGGACGUCCGGCGAGGUAUAGGCUCUCUAGCCCGGUGCAACGGAACCAAGUUUGCCUUAGACUGUGUUCCAGUCUGCAGAAACCCCGACCACGUGGUCGAUACGUUUGACCGUCAGAUUCUGACAUGCAGGGAUGGCAUUUGGGAUGCUAAAAGACCGAAGGUAGCUUCAUGCACCGAAAUCAAAGCGCCAUCUGUCGCCAGUAUAACUUCCACCAUGAUGUACGAGACGGAGUCGUGUCUAAGUCCCAACACGAUUAUCGACUUGAAGUCCUCCUUACAGCGAAAUGCCGCUGCCUUGGCCUGCAGCUCCGACUCUUCGUGCAAGACGAGUGUCCAGGUGUCAAGCUGCGGCCACAGUAACAGAGUAAAACGAUUUACAGGGACAAUAGCAGCCAUUACACUGACGGAAAAUAUUGUGCAGGGUGACCUUCAACUUGGAGCUUUUCACACCUCAAAAACAGUGAGUCCACCGCUGAAGUCGUUGAUCAACGCCAUCACAGUUCUGGAAACGUCAGCCCAGCAGAUGAAAAACAAGACGUCAUUGUUUGAUGUCACAGUUAAUGGAGUGGAAUAUUCUGUACUGAGAGAGAGUGUGACCAUAAUGAAAGGAUUACGGUGUCCACCAGGAGCUGUUGUUAGAUACAUGUUUUGUGUGUACUGCUCACCAGGAACAUAUGGUCAUGGUGAGGAAUGCAAGUUCUGUGAAUUGGGCACCUACCAGGAUAAACCAGGAAAAAGUCAAUGUAAACCAUGUCCGCCAGGGAAAUCUACACAGUUCAUUGGAUCAUCAAGUGUUGAAGAUUGCAUAGAUGUGUCCAUCUUUUUCAGAAGUCUCCAGUAUUUUGAUGUUUAUUACAAGUUAUGUUUUCUCUUUCAGAUGUCCAUCUUUUUCAGAAGUCUCCAAUGUCCAUCUUUUUCAGAAGUCUCCAGUAUUUUGCUGUUCAUUGCAAGCCACAUACACACACGUACUCGCCACAAACACCUCGCACACGUGCACUCUGCAAUACCCCCUUUCACACAGUUUUAA